AUGCACUGGCCCCAGUCCUGUAUCUCUGUCUACUGGAUUUUCUUUGCUGCAUGCAGGCUAAGAGCUGUAGAAACAGCAGAUGGAAAAUAUGCUCAGAAGUUGUUUAAUGACCUUUUUGAAGAUUACUCCAAUGCUCUGCGCCCCGUAGAAGAUACAGAUAAAGUCUUGAAUGUUACCCUGCAGAUCACUCUUUCUCAGAUUAAGGAUAUGGAUGAAAGAAAUCAAAUUCUGACUGCCUACUUGUGGAUCCGCCAAAUCUGGCACGAUGCCUACCUCAUGUGGGAUCGGGACCAGUAUGAUGGGCUGGACUCUAUUAGGAUCCCCAGCGACCUGGUGUGGAGGCCGGAUAUUGUCCUGUACAACAAAGCCGACGACGAAUCCUCAGAGCCAGUGAACACAAAUGUGGUCCUGCGGUACGACGGGCUGAUCACUUGGGAUGCCCCAGCCAUCACCAAGAGCUCCUGCGUGGUGGACGUCACCUACUUUCCCUUCGACAACCAGCAGUGCAACUUGACCUUUGGGUCCUGGACCUACAAUGGCAACCAGGUGGACAUCUUCAAUGGCUUGGACAGUGGAGACCUAUCGGAUUUUGUGGAAGAUGUGGAGUGGGAGGUGCACGGGAUGCCUGCCGUGAAGAAUGUCAUCUCCUACGGCUGCUGCUCUGAGCCCUACCCUGACGUGACCUUCACCCUGCUGCUCAAGAGGAGGUCUGCCUUCUACAUCGUUAACCUGCUCAUCCCCUGUGUCCUCAUCUCCUUCCUGGCUCCCUUGAGCUUUUACCUCCCGGCAGCCUCUGGAGAAAAGGUGUCCCUGGGGGUGACCAUCCUAUUGGCCAUGACUGUGUUUCAGCUGAUGGUGGCAGAGAUUAUGCCAGCCUCAGAGAAUGUCCCUCUCAUAGGCAAGUACUACAUAGCUACAAUGGCCUUAAUCACAGCAUCCACAGCCUUGACCAUCAUGGUGAUGAAUAUCCACUUCUGUGGGGCUGAGGCUCGCCCAGUGCCCCCCUGGGCCAGGGUUGUUAUCCUAAAAUACAUGGCCAGAAUCCUGUUUGUUUAUGAUGUCGGGGAGAACUGUCUCAGUGCCCGCCAUGACUUGGAGCAGGACCACCCGGGGAAGCUAAAUGACCACUACCCAGAGUCUCAUUUGAAAACCCCCAGGAACAAGGAUGUUUCAAGAAAGAAGGAAAUGAACAAACUCUUCAAGAACGACUUGAGGUAUCCUCAGGAUAAAUCUCAGGAUACUGAGAAUUACUGUGCACGCUACAAAGUUCUGACCAAGAACAUUGGGUACAUCGCCAAGUGUCUCAAAGAUCAUCGUGCCACCAAUUCCAAGGGAAGUGAGUGGAAGAAGGUAGCAAAAGUCAUAGAUCGAUUCUUCAUGUGGAUUUUUUUCAUUAUGGUGUUUGUAAUGACUCUUUUGAUCAUAGCAAGAGCAGAUUAG